CUAAGACCUAAGAUAAUGUUUUAAAAAAGUUGUUAACACUAGUCCUUAUCAUCUUAGGCCUAAGUUAAAUUGAUGUAAAAAUUGUUUGGAAUUGAUUACUAGUUCAAGUGGCGUGGUUGCGUAUAUACUUAUUUUUAGCGAACGUGAAUUAAGUAAACUGAAGCUGUACCUACACUUCUCAGAGAAUGGAGUCAUGUCCAAGUACACCCCAACCGACUCUCAGCCAUGAAUUGCGAGCUUUAAUCAAUCAAAGGAAUAUAUUGACUGCAAAGUCAAAGUCCAAAGUACUCAAUGCUCUUGACAAGCAAAUUGAAGAGAACAGAAAGAAGCAGCAGUUGGAUUUAAGGAACAAAGUCAUAGAAGAAAUAUUUACGUCAGAAGUAUCUUACUUGAGUCAGCUAGAAGUUAUUACGAAGUAUUUCAAAGAGCCGUUAGAAUCAUCAGACUUGAUCUCCGGCCCCACAAAACGAACUCUAUUUGGAAACAUUGAGUCCAUAUACCAAGUCAAUGGGGAACUCGUAAACCAACUCAAAACAAGAGGAACCAAUGUUGCUGCAGCGUUCCUGCAUUUGGCUCCAUUUUUCAAAAUAUAUUCUAUGUAUGCUUACAACUACAAAAGUGCCAUACGUUUACUAGAGGACCUGCCGACACACAACCCUAGACUAGGAGAGUGGAUAAGAAGCCAGGAAAGACGACCUGAGGUGGGGAACAAGUUGAGUGCUCUGCUGAUAACACCCAUACAGAGACUUCCGAGGUACAGACUUCUGCUGAGACAACUGUUGAGUCUGACACCAGAUAGUCAUCCUCACAGGACCACACUUGUGGAGGCAGUGAAAGAGGUAGAAAAUGCUACGUCACACAUUAACAACCUAGUUUUUGAGCAAGAAACACACUCAAGACUACUGACUCUUCAAAAUUGUUUGCUCCGCUCGAAACCUUGUAUUGUUGGGCCUAACAAGAAACUGUUAAAGGAAGGAAUACUUAUGAAGAUGAGUGCUAAUGGCCAGAAGGCGCAGAAACGUUACUUCAUCUUGCUCAGCGACAGUGUUGUGUACUGCAAGCUACUCGGCAAAGAGGAAGGAAUGCCUCACGAGAGCGGGUCGCUACAAUCCUGUUGUGUGCUGCCCAUUGGCAAAUGCAGCGUCGAGAACGUUCUCGGUCAAGGUGUGUUCAACUUGACUUGCCGCAGCGAGACCUACAUUCUGUUCUCGGAACACCGGGAUGACGCCUCAGAUUGGGUUACGGCCAUCAGAGAUGCGAUAGCUCAGCAUCACGAGAAUUUGCAAACUCUCAGAAAGAAAAGUAGUUCUCGUCACACCCUACAAAUGACUAGGAAAAGAAAAUUGCUAAAAGAAAAUAACAAUCCAAACAAUGAAGAAAGUCCUAUGAAAAAAAUGAAAACACACACAAGCAGUCAAGAUGAAGACAAAAUGAAACAACAUUGUGACGGGAAGGAAAAUCCUCAGGCUUGUCAGGAAACAGUUCAGAAGAACAACUAUUUGCAGUCAAUCAAAUCGUUAUUUAUGUCUUUUGGAGAAACUGUCAGAACCUACAUGUUCCCUGGGCCGUCUUCUAGAUCGUCAAACGUUUAAGAGAUAUGGAAAUCUUAAAACCUGUAGAAUUGUAUUAACUGUACAACAUAUUUUAUGAUUUUGGUGCUUUAGACUGCGUUAUGUCUUGACUGUCCCACUUGUUAUUAAACUAAAGAGUUUAUUUUUUACUACAUUAUUUACAAAGUGUAAAAUAAGUCAUAAAAGAAUAUUAAUUUCAGAUUUAAAAAAUCUUUGGUAUAAAUAUUUUACUGUGCUGACUAAGUUUUUAUUGUAUUGUGUAACUGUACUUGUGCUAUCAAGUUAAAACUUGUGUAGGUUGUAUUUUUUUAUUGAACUUUUGUAAACCAGAUAUUUGUAUCAAUAAA